UGAUGUGAGCAAAUGCAAAACAUCCAUUGGCUCAGAAAGCAACCAAUCAGUGUCAGUGGAGGAACUUAGGAGUGGAACUGCGGGGUUAGGAUUUCAGAGUUGGGAGAGCGAUUUUGGCACUUACACAAAGAGGACGGUCGUCUAUCCCCCUAAAACGCCAUCCCUGCCUUUUUACAUGCCUGUCCUUUUAUACCUUCUUCUGACAAACGACGCGACGCAUUAGAGACUGCGGGAUGUACACGGCCGGGCUCAACCCGUUUUACGCAUCAAACUUUAGCCUCUGGUCCGCGUACUGCGCAGGGGGCUUCGCUGUGGAUACGAUGAAGAAACCCUCGUUUUGCAUCGCAGACAUUUUGCAGGCCGGGGAUGCGGAGAAUAUCCCGGGAUCCUCGGCGCUCGUGGUGCACAUGGGACACCACCACCACCGUGCGCAGCAGGGGCACGCCGGCAGCUCUCCGCUGCGCCCUUCCCCGGUCGCGCCGGAGCCGUCGGUGUACGGUGCGAGGGUGAGUCCGGCGUCUCCGUACCACAGACACGGAGUACAGUUAACCUCAGUCUCCAGGACUGCAUUUAACUCCCAGCAAGCUCCCCCGCCUUCGAGCAAAGACCUCAAAUUCGGAAUUGAUCGGAUAUUGUCGACAGACUUUGACCCAAAAGGCAAAGAAAAGUCGUCGUUAAGAGAUCUCACGUCCAUCGUUAGCUCGAACCGUCAGUCAGGGAUCCACAUCCCCGUUCAGCCUCCGGCCAGCCAGUACUUCUCCUCCAUAGACCACGGGAUGAGCGACGCGUCCUCCAUGAUGAAUUCACUAGGCAGCAGCAGCAGACAAUCAGGCCAGCAUCAGUUUCAGGACACCUUCCCAGGUCCGUAUGCCGUCCUCACGAAAGACACGAUGCCACAGACGUACAAGAGGAAAAGGUCGUGGUCGAGGGCAGUGUUUUCAAACCUGCAGAGAAAAGGACUCGAGAAGAGAUUUGAAAUACAGAAGUACGUCACCAAGCCGGACAGAAAGCAGCUGGCUGCGAUGCUCGGGCUGACAGACGCUCAGGUGAAGGUGUGGUUCCAGAACCGGCGCAUGAAGUGGAGACACUCCAAGGAGGCCCAGGCUCAGAAAGACAAGGAGAAGGACGAGAAGCCGGACAAGAGUGCGCCUGAGUCCGGCGGCAGGGAUCCCAAAGAGCCGAUGGAGUCCGAGUGCGAGAGCGAGGGCCGGAGCGAGUGCGAGUCCGACGACGCCCCGGAGGAGGAACACUCCGACGGGCAUUUGGACGUUUCGGAGCACAAUAAAACCAGCGUGAUCAUGAGCGGCAGCGGGCCGGCGAGCGGCGAGGCGGCAGCGGCCGCGGACACGGACAACACAGCGGCCUCUCAGAAGAACGACGGUGAUUCUAAAACACAUCUGGAACGGCAGAGUCAGCUCGUUAAACCAAUAAGGCAUUGAGAGGUCCCAGGUUGUUGCAGCCGAAAGCCAGGCCUGCAUCGGUGUCAUUCCUGGGGAACAAGUGGAGCAGCGAGGCACGACCAUCUGCUCAAAAUGAGAAAUGAUUUUAGCCCAGAACACAAGGAACACAGUCCAGAUUCAUUUGAGAAGGUUCUUAGAUUUUGUCUCCAUUGUUUUCCUUUUCUCUGUAAGGCUCCAGUGAUAAAACCACAGGUUAUUUUAGUUGAAAAGUCGGACUUCCGGCCACCUCCAGUGGCUCUUUCUUGUCGUUUUUCCUCUCAGGAGCUCCUGUGUGCAUCGUGCUUUCCUCGUCUGAAGGAAAAUAGGCGGUUGUGAAUUUUCUUUGUAGGUUAUGAACCACUCGUUUCACGUUAUAACUGAAAUCUCAGAACAUCACGCAGUGUUUAUGUAUUUUUUUUUUCUCGUCUGGAUAUAUAGUUGUGCUAUUUUGUUAAUAAUAAUUUGCACUGAA